AUGGCUUCCACCGGAGUUCUUCCCUUCAUCAGAGGGGUAGACCUCAGUGGGAACGACUUCAAAGGAGGAUUCUUCCCUGAACAUGUCAAGUGCAUGAGCAGCCUCCGAUGGCUGAAACUGAACAGGACAGGACUUUGUUACCUGCCAGAGGAGCUGGCCUCUCUGCAGAAGCUGGAACACCUUUCAGUGAGCCACAACAGUCUGUCCACUUUACAUGGAGAACUCUCUGGAUUACCAAACCUCCGGGCGGUCGUAGCCAGAGCCAACAAUCUGAAAAACUCUGGAGUCCCAGAUGACAUCUUUCAGCUCGAGGACCUGUCUGUGCUGGAUCUAAGCUACAAUCAGCUGACGGAGAUCCCCCGAGACCUGGAGAACAGCAAGAACAUGCUGGUGCUGAAUCUGAGCCACAACAGCAUCGACUCCAUCCCCAACCAGCUGUUCAUCAACCUCACAGACCUGCUGUAUCUGGACCUGAGCGACAACAAGCUGGACAGCCUGCCGCCGCAGAUGAGACGCCUGGUGCACCUGCAGACUCUCAUUUUGAACAACAACCCGCUCAUGCACGCCCAGCUGCGGCAGCUCCCAGCCAUGGUAGCGUUACAGACCCUUCACCUGAGGAACACCCAGAGGACGCAGAGCAACAUGCCCACCAGCCUGGAGGGCCUGACACAGUUAGCAGAUGUCGAUCUGUCUUGUAACGACCUGACUCGAGUACCGGAGUGCCUGUAUUCGUUGGGCAGCUUGAAGAGGCUCAAUCUGAGCAGUAAUCAGAUUUCUGAACUCUCCCUGUGCAUCGAUCAGUGGACCCAUCUGGAGACGCUGAACCUGAGUCGCAACCAACUCACCUCUCUGCCCUCUGCCAUCUGUAAGCUGUCCAAACUGAAGAAGCUCUAUGUAAAUUCUAACAAACUGGACUUUGAUGGACUUCCUCCUGGCGUGGGCAAGCUGUCCAGCCUCACAGAGUUCAUGGCUGCGAACAACCACCUGGAACUCAUCCCUGAGGGUCUCUGCAGGUGUGGCAAACUGAAGAAGUUGGUGCUGAAUAAAAACCGCCUGGUGACGCUGCCUGAAGCCAUCCACUUCUUGACAGACCUGGAGAUAAUAGACGUACGUGAGAACCCAAACCUGGUGAUGCCUCCAAAACCAGUAGACCGAGGAGCAGAGUGGUACAACAUCGACUUCUCCCUUCAGAACCAGCUCCGUCUGGCUGGAGCUUCACCUGCUACUGUAGCAGCUGCAGGGGGAGGGUCCAGCCCCAGAGAUCACAUGGCGAGGAAAAUGAGGCUGCGGAGGCGGAAGGACUGUUCUCAGGAUGAUCAGGCGAAGCAGGUCCUGAAAGGAAUGAGCGAUGUCGCUCAGGAGAAGAAGAACAUGGAGGAAAACGGUGACUUGAAAUAUGGUGAUUUAAAAGUCCGUCGCUGGGACAAGAGUCUGGAGAAACCUCAGCUGGACUACUCUGAGUUCUUCUUGGAGGACGUGGGACAAAUUCCAGGUGUGUCUGUGUGGCAGAUAGAGAACUUUAUUCCCGUACAGGUGGACGAAGCUUUCCACGGCAAGUUCUAUGAAGCAGACUGCUACAUCAUCCUCAAGACCUUCCUGGACGACAACAGAGCAUUAAACUGGCAGAUCUACUACUGGAUUGGUCAGGAUGCCACGCUGGACAAGAAGGCGGGCUCUGCCAUUCAUGCCGUCAACCUGAGGAACUUCUUAGGAGCAGAGUGCAGGACGAUUCGAGAGGAGAUGGGAGACGAGAGCGAGGAGUUCAUCGCCGUGUUUAACCAUGACAUCUCCUACAUCGAGGGAGGAACAUCCAGUGGGUUUUACACUGUGGAAGACACAAAUUAUCCUGCCAGAUUAUACAGAGUUUAUGGCAAGAAAAACAUCAAGCUGGAGUCUGUACCAGUGAAGGCCUUCUCCCUUGAUCCUCGCUAUGUGUUCUUGUUGGAUACGGGGCUGGAAAUUUUUAUCUGGAGAGGAGCCAAUGCUACUCUGGGCGGCACGACGAAAGCGAGGUUAUUUGCUGAAAAGAUCAAUAAAAAUGAGCGCAAGGGGAAAGCAGAGAUUGUGACCCUCAUGCAGAACCAGGAGCCCCCGGGAUUCUGGGAGGUUCUGGGAGGACAACCGGAAGAGAUCAAGAAGCACGUACCAGACGACUUCACCCCCAUCAGACCUAAACUGUACAAAGUGGGUCUGGGCCUGGGCUACCUGGAACUGCCUCAGAUUAACUACAAGCUGUCCGUGGAGCAUAAAGACCACAAGAUCAAACUGGACACGCUGCCCGAGCUCAGGCUGGUCCAGUCCCUGCUGGAUACAAAGUGCGUCUACAUCCUGGACUGCUGGUCGGAUGUCUUCAUCUGGAUCGGGAGGAAGUCGCCCCGUCUCGUCCGAGCUGCAGCCUUAAAACUGGGUCAGGAGAUCUGCUCAAUGCUGCACCGGCCCAAACACGCCUGUGUCACCCGCAACCUGGAGGGCACCGAGUGCCAGGUGUUUAAAUCCAAGUUCAAGAACUGGGACGACGUGCUGAAGGUGGACUACACCCGAGCUGCUGAGACGGUGCAGCAGAACGACAACCUGCAGGGCAAGGUGAAGAAAGAUGCAGAGCAGAAAGACCAGAUGAAAGCUGACCUCACAGCCCUCUUCCUCCCUCGGCAGCCCCCCAUGCCCCUCUCUGAGGCCGAGCAGCUGAUGGAGGAGUGGAACGAGGACCUGGAUGGGAUGGAGGGGUUUGUGUUGGAGGGGAAGAAGUUCACCCGCCUGCCUGAGGAGGAGUUCGGACAUUUCUUCACCCAGGACUGCUACGUCUUCCUCUGCAGGUACUGGGUGCCCGUGGAGUACGAGGACGAGGAGAAGGAGAAGAAGGAGGGUGGUGAGGGAGGCGGUGGAAGAGGAGGCGAUGAGGAGGAGGAGGACAAACAGCCUGAGGAAGACUUCCAGUGUGUGGUGUAUUUCUGGCAGGGCAGGCAAGCCUCCAACAUGGGCUGGCUCACCUUCACCUUCUCCCUGCAGAAGAAGUUCGAGUCUCUUUUCCCGGGAAAACUGAAGGUGGUGCGUAUGACCCAGCAGCAGGAGAACCUCAAAUUCUUGGCUCAUUUCAAAAGGAAGUUCAUCAUCCACAAAGGGAAGCGGAAACAGAACACCGACUCCGUCCAGCCCUCCCUCUACCACGUCCGCACCAACGGCAGCGCCCUCUGCACCAGGAGCAUUCAGAUCGUCACAGACUCCUGUAACCUCAACUCCGAGUUCUGCUUCAUCCUUAAGGUCCCCUUCGAGAGCACAGACAACCAGGGCAUCGUGUACACCUGGGUGGGCAGAGCCGCCGACCCCGACGAGGCCAAACUGGCCGAGGACAUCAUGAACUCCAUGUUUGAUGAUACGUACAGCAAACAGGUAAUUAAUGAGGGGGAGGAGCCAGAGAACUUCUUCUGGGUUGGAAUUGGUUCUCAGAAAGCGUACGAUGAAGAUGCAGAAUAUAUGAAACACGCUCGGCUCUUCAGGUGCUCAAACGAGAAGGGUUAUUUCUCCGUUUCCGAGAAGUGCUCGGACUUCUGUCAAGACGAUUUGGCCGAUGAUGACAUCAUGUUGCUGGACAACGGCAAAGAGGUGUACAUGUGGGUCGGCUCUCAGACCAGCCAGGUGGAGAUCAAACUCAGUCUCAAAGCCUGCCAGGUUUACAUCCAACACAUGCGCUCUAAAGAAGCCGAACAUCCGAGGAAGCUGCGCCUGGUGAGGAAGGGCAACGAGCCUCACUGCUUCACGCGCUGCUUCCACGCCUGGGGUCCUUUCAAAACCCCCCCAUCUUAGGCCGAACGCUACAAAUAACUCACACUCAUCAAAUCAAUGCUGCCAUAUGUUUUUCUUUCUUUUACAAAUGAGACAUAUCUGUGCCUGUCCUCGACCCUUCACUGCAGCCUUUAUUUCAACCAGCAGGUUUACACCCCAACGCCCCGAAGAGUCAAAGUUCUGGAUGAAAAAGCAGCUGGUGGGGAACAAAAUCUGAGAAAUACAGAAAAAUGUGGCUUUUUUUGUUCCCCUCAAAUUGUUUUAUACAAACUGAAAUUGUUCCUGUUGAAUGAAAGAGUUGUCCGAGUUGUAGAAAGGAUUUAUAAAACAGACCCCGGGAUGGUUUCUCUGAACAUCUGUAGUUUUCUGGUUUUCAGCGGAAGAAGCUACUUUGUGCCGUCAGCUCCUCUUACUGAAAGGUUUCACAUCUUAGUUUGGAUUUCUGACUUGAAACAGAAAGCUUCAUCUGAAGAAUGUCAAGUUUCUCCCAAUACGAUUUCACCUGAACCGUUUUCCUUCCGCUCAGUUUGGUCACUCUUCUGUCGUUGUCGUGGGAUUAUCUGGGAUUUUUACAUGAUCGUUUUAUUUAUUCUUCACGUGUUUAUUUGGCCAAAGACAUUUUGUGGCGAUCAGGGAUGUAAAAUCGGGGUGACAAAUAUUUUUUCCCCCCCAAAGACAAUUGUUUAAUCGUGCAAUCAGGAGAGUCUGGGAGACACAGAGUAACCAUACUGUAUUCUGCUGCUGCUGCUUUCACUCCUUAAAGAUGUUUAUUUUCGGGAGAAAAAUUAGGAAUUCUUUUUUAAAACUUGUAGUCAUUGCUUUUUUUUUUUUGGUAACGAUUUGUAAACACGGGGGCAGAAGCUCCAUCGGUGUAGGCUGUUCUGAUCAUGUGACCCGUGUUCUGCGCAGACAUUGGUCCAACCAAGAGGUUUAUGUAUUCAUUUUAUCAAGGGGGGUGGAUUGUGCACAUGCGCCUAAUGCCACUUGCAGAUGCUUUAUUUAUGUAUUUUAUAUAAAAUAAAAUUUUAAAU